UUUUAUACUUGCUGAUGUUUGGUAUAUGGACGUAAUAUUUCUAUGUGCAUUCAGGUAUUGUGAGGGAAUACUUGUAUAACAUUUGGGGAUUUUGUUAAGCGAUUUAUCAGUUACGCAGAUGCAUAGUAGGGAGAAUGAGACAGAAGAUGAAGAAGGCGUUGUCACGGUCCUUGAAGAUGAGUACGGGGAGCAGUACAAAGUUGCUACUUAUGAUGAUGUCGUUUUUCCGAUAAAUAUUGUGGAAAUGGGGGCUAGGAAGAGACUUUCAUAUGUGAAGAAUUUCCAGUACAAAGACGGAGAUGUACUUUUAUGUAGUUUUCCUAAAACAGGCACACAUUGGACGGCAAAUCUUAUACAUUACCUAAUGUACGAUGGUCCCCUAGAUGCCUUGGUGUCCCAUCAACCUUGCUUAAUAGACUUGUUUGAUAUUGAGAGUUUCGGGCAAAGAGAAGGUAGAAGAAUUAUAACAUCUCAUUUACUACCAAAAUAUUUUCCAACUGAACAUUUUGCAAAUAGUGGGAAAACUGUUUUAGUGUUCCGUAAUCCAAAAGACACGGCUGUUUCAAUGUUCCAUCAACUUAGAAGACUCAAACUGUUUGGCGAGUUCAGAUUGUCAUGGAAUAGUUAUAUGAACUACUGGAUUGAAGGAAAAAUCCCGAUGGGUUCUUAUUUUGACUAUUACAACAACUGGCAAAAGUUUAUCAAAGACAAUACUAAGAUGGAUGUUCUAGUUGUGCAGUAUGAAGAUCUGAAAAAUGAUAGUUUGAAUCAGCUACGCCGAAUUCAGACCUACCUUGAACUGAAACAUUCUGACGAACGGCUUCGAGCUGUGUUAGAGAAAUGUUCCCUUGGGAAUCUUAAGGCUGACGUAGAAAGCAAGAAAAUUAAAACAGUCCUUAUUGAUGAGGCAGGAAAAUCUAUUCUUUACAGAAAAGGCAUUAUUGGAGACUGGAGGAACCAUUUCACUGUCACACAGAAUGAACAAAUAGAAGCAGUAGUGAAAGAGAAAUUCAAGGAUAGCAUGUUUAAUUAUAACGCAUGGAUUUGUUAACAUAAUAUCACAAUUAGGUGGACGAUUGUUUAUCAUACGCAAGUGUUUAGAAAAGUAUCAUGCGUUCUAUCUUAAGGAAUAUAAAACAAUGCUUUUGAUAUAAGGAUAGUAAAUUGUUGUUAAUUAGCUAAAAGAAAAAACACAAGAAAUCAUGGACAGGUUUUCAGUAGAAAGCCACAUUCCAAGAACUCAGACCCCUAAAACUGUAACUCUGCUGCUUUGUAUAAAUAUGUACAUCACUGAAAUAUAACUCAUCACAUAGGCAAGGUAUAAUAUCAACAAGAGCUAAACAAAUGAAAAAAGAACACAUUUGAACAGAAUCUGGAACAGUUAGUGUUAACAGCAUCGAUGUAUAUAUUCUAUUUUUAUCAAAUAUGUUCCACUAUCACAUGAAAGUGUAAAUAAAAGUAAUCCUUGCUCGAGGAAAAUUUGUCACACAUGGAAUGUUGCCAAGUGUAAUGUUACAAAAAUAAACGAUAUGUAAGCACA